AUGCUCCCGACGAUGUACUUUUACUCCGUCCGGGUGCCGGCGCUGCACGAGCUGCUGCUGCGCGUCGAGGCGAGCCAGCCGGUGCUCCUCACCGCCUCGACCGAGGGGCUCGUCUCGCUGGUGAGCUCGAGCCCGCGCCUGCUCGCGGAGGGGUUCCCGGGCACGCCCGCCGAGCUGCUGAUGCGCUCGACCGAGAGCGAGCACACGGUGCACGUCGGCAUCACCCUUCUCUCGCCGCCGGACGGGUUUGAGAUUUCGGCCGCGCUCGAGGAGGCGCCGGUGCCGCCGCCGCAGGACAUCUCGGAGCUGGCGAUGGAGCUGGAGGCGACGGGCGUCCUCGACGGGCUCACCUCUUCGGAGCGCGCCUCCAUCAUCCAGCAGGUGCACGCGGAAGAGGUCGCGCUCGGUCACCUCUCUCUGCCGCAGCUCGCGCCGCAGCUGCGCGCCGAGAUGCAGAGGGGCGAGAGGCUGCCGUCGCUGAGCUUCAGCAGGCAUGAGGAGGACGGCGGCGGGCUGUUUGGCGUCAACUCGCUGCUGCUGCUCGCGAUCGUGCUGCUCGUCGCCGGUUCGGUGUUGCUCGCGACCCUCCAUUUCAUGGUCAAGGUGGACAACGAGGUUGCGGCGGCGACGGCGUCGUCCCUCUACCCUCAGUACGUCAAGCGAAAGGACGGCCGCUCCAGAGGGUCGCAAAAGGGCGGCGGGGUCGGAGGCGCUUCGGCCGGCAAGCACGCUGCGACGCUGCCGGCCGCGCUCUCGUCGCCCGUCGCGUCGGGGAAGGCCGAGCUGCGCAGGCGACGUGGCACCGAGCCCAACGGCAACGCGGCAAGGGCGGCCGCCGGCGCAGCUGCCGAGGCGGCGGCCGGGCAGCGGAAGGUGUGGGUCGCUCCGCUGACGGCGGCGGCGCUCGAUCACGAGCGAGAGCUGCGCGCGUCCUUCUCGCAGUGGGGCGUCGUCAGCGCGGUCAAGGUCAAGGUGGAAGGCAGCCGCGCCUCGCCCGGCUACGGCUUUGUCUACUUCAAGGAGGAGGCGGCGGUGAGGGCGCUGCUCGCUCACAUUGACGCGGGCGGCGACCCGCCCGCCUUUCUCGGCCGCUCGCUGCUCGUGCGGGAAGCCGUCUACAAGACGACGCCGCAGCCGAGUGAUGCGCCCGCCUCCGGGCCGACCAAGCCGGACACUGCGAGCCCCGCCUCCAGCGGCAGCUCCGCGCCCGCCCUCUCGUCGCUGCCUCGGCUGGCGGUGGGCGACGGGGUGGCCAACGGCGGGCCGACUGCCCACGCCGCCAACCCGUGGGAGGCGGGCGUCGCUGCGGGCGGCUUGCCGAGGCCGCACGGCUGCGCCGAUCGGCUGCCUGGCGCGCUGCCAAGCGCUGUCCGCGCGACCCCGCUCGACGACCUGCUCGACCCGUUCGUCGCCACCGGCGGCGCCCAGCCGUCGUUCGACGAGCUGGGCUCGUCGAUGCUGCGCGAGCUCCUCGACUCGCCUUCCCCGCCGCCUUUGCCGAUGCAGCAGCCCGCGCCCCCGGCGAGGGUUCGCGCGGCGUCGUGGGGCGACAGCCCCGCCGCGUCGCCGUGGUCGCCGCCCGCGCCGUUCGUUGGGGGCGCCGCUGCUUUCGGCCACGCGGACCCGCUCGGCCACCCGCGCGGGCAGGACAUGGCGACCGGGCUGCCUCCCCUGGGGGUACCAAGCCCCGCCGGCGCUUCGGGCACGUCUUGCUCGCCGUGGUGGCAGAGCGGAGGCAACCUUUCGUUGGGCGGGCUGCCGGCGCCCGCACUGGCCGACUGGGGCGGCUUCGGCCUCACCUCGGGCGGCGCCGUCGACGACGAUAGCAAGCGGCGCGUGGGCCUCGGUGCAACCGGCUCUGCCUGA